CCCUCCGACAGCGCAGUUGCAUCUCAACCAGGAACGGCAACAGCCUCAACAGAUCCCAAUGCCACGAGAAGACAGCCCACCUCCUCCGCCUCCGGUCCCGCCGAACUCGCCCGUCAAUCGGUAGAUGACGCGACCAACCGUGAAGAGAUCAAGAAGCGCGUCCUCUCUGCCCUGCGACAAUUCCCCGACUUCCCCAUUCCCGGCAUAGACUUCAUCGACAUCCUGCCCAUCUUCAAGGACUCCACCACCUUCGAAGCCCUGCUUCGAGUCCUUGAGCUUCAGAUCAAGGAGUCGAUAGGUACCAUUCCCGAUGUCAUCGUCGGCCUCGACGCCCGCGGCUUCCUCUUUGGUCCCACACUAGCAUUGCGCCUCAACUGUGCUUUCGUUCCGGUUCGGAAGCAGGGCAAAAUGCCCGGCCCCUGCGUCACGGCAUCUUACGAGAAGGAAUACGGUGCAGAUUAUUUCCAGAUGCAAUCUGAUGCUAUCAAACCCGGCCAGACCGUUCUGGUGGUGGAUGAUAUCAUUGCAACAGGUAAGCCUCGCCAGCCGUGUGCCAUGCUGUUGUCAUUAUCUGUUUUGCUCGUGUCCUUCCGCAUGCAUAACAUAGAAAGGUCGUGUUAUGGUGUAGGGUUGAAGCACCUACUAACUUCCAUGGAUCCGCUUUUGUUCCUAAUUGUUGCGUUGAAAGCUCCUUCGAUCACUUUUCGCGCGGGAAUAGGUUCAUUCCCAGUUUCAAACACUCAUUUCGCACAUUGUUCCGAGUUCACCUCACGGUGA